GGGCAGAGGGCACGUUUCACAUCUCCGGGUUUCGUGUUUCACAGAAACGUUUUCCUUCACUUUGUUCUCAGAAAGAGCUGACGGACACCAAAGACUAACGCAUGAUGCAUGACGGCACUCAGAAGGUCACCUCAGAAGAUUAGGAGACUGUCUAAAAGAGUGUUAAGGAACAGAGAGGAUUAUGGGAUUGCCAGCGGUCGCUCAACCGUGUCCGAAUGCAGUGAUCUGCGUGGUAUGAGAUAAGGGCAAGCAGGCAGAGAUCUGUUUUGCGCAACUCCAGAUGUACAAAUCACACAAUACGGCUUCUGUCCGGCACAUCUAUACAUCUGUGAAGGCAAAGAAGUUUGUUGGCCACAUUUGGCACCAUGAGCUUCACAGGAAUUGCUCGGGCUCUUAAUGGGACGAUACUUGACUCAGAAGAUGCAAAAACUAAAGCAGUUAUUUAUGAAGACAAGUUGUUCAAAAUAACACUGUUAUCCGUGGCACUGUGUGUUCUGACAAUAACAGGAAUCAUCAUGUGUAUCACAUACUACAAACACAUGAGGAAGACUAAGCAGGCUUUUGUGACUGCUGUGAGGAGUGAGGUACCUGAAGUGGACGUUACAUACAUGAAAAGAACCCAGGACAACUCUUAUAACUACAACAGCUUCAGCAACCUUAUACCUGUGCUACCAGAGGACGAAGACACGGGCGCUCAUAAAGCAUCUAUACACAUUCCACUUACACUGGAGGACUAUGCCAAAGACCCCAAGAGUGGCAUCACUCUAAACCCACCCAUUUUCUACAUGCAGCUCUAG